UUCACCAACUUCCCCUUUUCAGUCAAAUUAAUUUCCAUAAAGUCGGAUACAGUAAUCACUGUUUCCAAAUAUAAUUAAAAUUGAACUGUUAACUCUGGUCCAAACAUUGCAAAUGGAAAAAACGGACGAACCCAAAAUCCCGGUUCCAGAACCGAAGAGACGAAUAGGAUCCAAGAAAAGAAAGUCGUCCAUUGACACCGAAACCUCCCCUGAAAGCAAUAACAACGCUAAACGGCCUCCGCUGCGAAGAGGAAGCUCUUUCACCUUCCUCACCCCUGGGCCGCAGUGGGACUUCACUCUGAAGAGAAAGCGCAGAGAGAAGGACGAUGAUGCAGUCAGCCUGUGCAGCUUUGAUUUCAAGGAGCCGAGUAACAAGCGCGUGCGACCGUUGGGCAGGGUGACGUCGCUCGCCAACCUCAUCUCCCCCGUGAGGAGCGGGGCGGUCAGGCGUUUCGGGCAGACCAUCCAGUCCAUCUCCUUCCGGGGCGAUGGCAAGUCCCCGGGCGUGGCCCAGAAGGCCUGCAGCAAGGCGGCGGCCCCCACGCCCCCAAAGAGGAGGAACAGCACACUGUGGUCCGAGACUCUGGACAUCCACCAGAAGGGCACCUUCUCCACCAAGGAGAUCAAGAGACAGGAGGCCAUAUUUGAACUGUCCCGGGGGGAACAUGACUUGAUCGAGGACCUCCAGCUCGCACGAAAGGCGUACCACGACCCCAUGCUGAAGCUGUCAAUCAUGUCGGAGGAGGAGCUGACACACAUAUUUGGGGAUUUGGACGCCUACAUCCCACUGCACGAAGAUCUACUGGUGCAGCUGGCAAGAGCAACCGGGCCAGACGGCACCGUGGGACAAAUCGGUCAGAUCGUCAUCAGCUGGCUGCCGGGCCUGAACGCGUACCGCGACUACUGCAGCAACCAGCUGGCCGCCAAGGCCCUGCUGGACCAGAAGAAGCAGGACCGGCGGGUGCAGGACUUCCUGCAGCGCUGCCUGGAGUCGCCCUUCAGCCGAAAGCUGGACCUGUGGAGCUUCCUGGACAUCCCGCGGUCCCGGCUGGUCAAGUACCCGCUCCUGCUGAAGGAGAUCCUGAGGCACACGCCCGCAGAGCACCCCGACGUCCCAGAUCUGGAGCAGGCGAUCGCCAUCAUCCAGGGCGUGUUGUCAGACAUCAACAUGAAGAAGGGCGAGUCUGAGUGCCAGUAUUACAUGGACAAGCUGGAGUACCUCGACGAGCGGCAGAGAGACCCGCGGAUCGAGAGCAGCAAGGCCAUGCUGUGCCACGGGGAGCUGCGGAACAAGAGCGGCACGAAGCUGCACGUGUUCCUCUUCACGGAAGUGCUGGUUCUGACCCGCCCCGUGACCCGAAAUGAGCGUCAGUGCUUCCAGGUGUACCGGCAGCCCAUCCCGGUGCAGGAGCUGGUGCUGGAGGACCUGCCCGACGGGGAGGUGCGCAUGGGCGGCUCCUUCAGAGGGGCCUUCAGCAACACCGACAAAGCGAAGAACAUCUUCCGCGUGCGGUUCCAGGAUCAGUCCCAGGGCCAGUCGCACACCCUCCAGGGGAACGACAUCUUCCACAAGCAGCAGUGGCUCAACUGCCUCCGGGGGGCCAUGUCCGCCCUGCGCCCCGCCCCGCAGGGGGCCCCGGACCCCGAGCCCACACUCCCCGACACGGAGAGCCGGCACAAGCGCUGCUCGUCCAGCCUGUCCGCCAUCGUCCACAUGGAGGAGGCCGACGAGAACUGCCCCCAGACGGCCAUCUCGGCCCCCAGCUCGCCCCAGGGCGAGCACCCCAGCGCACGGACUGCCCCGUCCCCCACCGCAGCCCCCGCCUCUCCCCCCACCUCUCCCGCCACCUCACCCCCCACCUCUCCCUCCACCGCACCCUCCCCGCGUCACAAAGCCAAAAAGGAGAAGAAGUCCCGCUGUUCGCUGGGGAAGAGGAAAGAGACCAUGGUGUGAAGCGGGCUCCCAAGAGGACGUUUAUGUGUACAUAUAUAUAAAUAUUUGUGUUUGUGUUUCUACAGCAGUGUUUCGUGUUACUGUCCUCAAUGGCAGCUAAUUCACUCCAGUAUGGAGGCUCAGUCUGGUGUGUACAGGCAGUGUUGUGGAGGGGUGUGUGUGGACAUUACCCAAGAGAAUUAUUACACACACACACAUCCAGUACUGUUUACUUUCAGUCUGGCGUUAAUGCAUUAAUGUUAUUUUAUUUACCUUUUUUUUUUUUUUUUUUUUACAUUUUUAUAUCCUCAUAGAAAUGAAUCUAGCUCUUUUAUUUGUGUUCAAAUCAGCACUGUUUUAUCUUUUAGAAGUAUUUAAAACUGUGGAAUGUUAGGAGUUUUUAGAGCAGUGUCAACAGACAACUGAAUAAUUAUGCAUCCCAAAAAGAAAUGCAUUGUAAAGUCGUAAUAGUAGUUAAGGCGAGUCUUAUUUUGUACAUUCCUCAACUUUAUUUUAAAUCCAGGCAGCCACCCACCUCACACCCCAAAGAAUUUUCAGUGGCAUUAAAUUAAAUCCAAAUGUAUUCUAGUUUUUUAAGAAAGAGAAAUCAACAUUAUAUAAGCAUAGUAAUGUUUAAUUUUUUUUACUCAUGUAAAAUACACACUGAGCCAUGUUGGCUUCAAGCUGACUCUGAGGUAAAGGAUCAUUUUUACUUUUCAAUGUAGCAUCGCGCAUGAGACUUUUGUUGAUAUUGCGACUGUACCUAUUGAUCUGUGGGGGCUACUGAGGGCAACCGAGGCCAUGUAAAUAUGCCAGAGAUGGAGGAACUAGUACGUAGCAGAGGGUUUGAGAAUGUGUAGAUUGGAAGUAAAAGAUGGAAGUGUUGAACAGAAGAAGAAGGGGUUUGAUACAAGGCACUAUACUGCGGUACGGUGGGAGAUACAAAGUGCCUUGCUCAGACACAGGACGAAGUGAGGUGCUGGUGAAAAGCCAGCAAGAAUGAAAAGAAACUGCAUGUAGGGAAGGGGGAUAGUGUUUUAUGUGGAGAAGAGAGAAAGUAGUAAGGAUUUAGAGAUUGUUUCAGAAAGACUACAGAGGACAUAAUGUUCAUUGUUGCCAGUAGGUUUGUGGUGUAAAAAUAUCAGAAUAAAGAUCCUUGUAAGAUUUG